GUGUCAGCCUGGUUGAAACUCGCUGAAGUCUGUAGUGUCUCUCACCAUGACUGCUUCGACAUCUUCUUCGCCAGAGAUACCUGCAUUAACUGCUAUAGACGAUGAGAGGUUUUCCUACAAGCACGCCACUCAUGACGAAGUUUUAGAAGAUCUAUCAAGCCGUUUCAUCUUGAACCUACCAGAAGAAGAGCUAGCGUCAUUAGAGCGAAUUUGUUUUCAAGUCGAGCAAGCUCAUUGGUUUUAUGAAGACUUUGUUCGCGAACAAAAUCCCAAAUUUCCUUCGCUUCCCCUCAAAAAAUUCUCAGCUACCUUGUUUCAUGCUUGUCCCCUUCUAUAUCAGUGGCGUCACGAUCACGAGCAGGCAUUCAACACUUUCAUGCAAUACAAGACCCGGGUCCCCGUUUGUGGGGCUAUUAUGCUUAACGAAACCUGGGAGAAGUGUAUUCUCGUGAAGGGCUGGAAAUCAUCCUCAGGAUGGGGUUUCCCGAAAGGCAAAAUCAAUGAACAUGAGCCGCCCCAUGAUUGCGCGGUCAGAGAAGUCCUGGAAGAGACCGGAUACAAUCUUUCUGGUCAGAUCAGCCCGCACGAUGUAAUUGAAAUGUCGAUCAAGGAACAGAAAAUUUGCCUAUACAUAGUCCCUGGGGUAGCUGAAGAUUAUCCUUUCAAAACACGAACCCGUAAGGAGAUCAGUAGAAUUCAAUGGUUCAAACUGACCGACCUCCCAACCUGGAAACGACAUAAAGCUGUCUCCGGUAAAUUCUAUUUGAUAUCUCCUUUCAUUGCGUCUCUGAAAACGUUCAUCAAUGAAAGGAAACCUCAAUAUCCUGCGCAUCAAACACCCCUUCAAGGGUCAUCACACAAACAAAACCACCGUCGGUCUCAUUUAUCUGUUCCCACAAAUUUGAUUACUCAUAGGCCGACCCUCCAAGCUUCGUCUACCAUUUCGUUCACGCCAUCACCUAAGCACAGCAAGUCUACGCUUGCUAUACCCGACGUCUCAGUAGCGUCUCCAGAAAGUCAAAUAAGUUCAAAAACAAUCGAUCCCCACUUUGCUCAUUUGUUACACUCUCUAUCUCUUUCCUCUGCGACUGCUGUGGAAAACUGCUCAGGGAACGGCCAUGCCUGGUAUGGUGGUGAACUUGCAUAUAACACUACUACACCCUUAGCUAUGGGUCUGCCUCCGAUGGGCACAUCAGAUCAUUUAGUACGUAAAGCAUCCCCUUUGCCGUCGUCGUCACAGUCAAGGUCGCAAUUUCCAUCACACUAUACCACAUCAGCUCCCGUGGUUAAUCCGUCCGAUGGCAAUGUUUUUUCACCGCAUCUUCCACGUCCUCCCGCUUCUCCUCUGGCUACAGCCUCCACUACGAUGUCAUUGCAACAUUUUAGUAUGGCAGAUAUAACACCCUAUGUUUCUGGAUCUAAUGCUGUACCUACGUUCGGAAGGAGAUUGAGGCAACUAGCCUUACUGGAGAACGUAGCGAAAGAGUCUACCCGUAUGACUCCGAUGUAUUGCCCAGACUUGACACUGGUGGAUGACAGUCCAUCAGAUCCAUCGGUUCUCAUUUACCACGAAUCUACUGCUUCAGUUCCACCGCCUUUACCUAGCGGUAGCCCUCAUCAUGACGGUAUUCGUUUGAUGUACGGCUCCGAUUACAGCUUCGGGAGCUCCUUACGAUGCCCUCGCAUGCCCAUAUUGGAAGACGAGCCUUUCCAGACAGAACGACAGGCUAGUCUCAUACCUUCUUCCAAUUCUAGACAUAUCCAGAGCUGCCAGCAACAAGGCAUGAUGCCCCUUGUGUCUAAUUUAUCUGCAUUCCAAAAAAUCUCCUCCGCCCCUAGUACUCUUCCUGGGCAACCAGAAACUGAAGUGCCAGCCUCCCGAACUCUUUAUUCGCAUCUUCAUCCCUCCGUUGACGCGUUUGCGUUAGGACGAACGCCCCCAACCAUGUACUCCCGCUCCUCUUCUAAUAACGUCCAAACACCCACACACUUAUUAUCGAUACUGAAUGGCAGCGGCCUGUUAGGACCCUUUAAGUCUGCACCCGAGUAGGCUGAAUUGCAUCCAACUCUUUAUCAGCUGUAUGAAAUAUAUCCUCUUCACCCCUUGCCUUCCUGUUAUCUACAAUGAUGAGUGAUCUCCGAACUCCCCCGCUCUCAGCCUUUAUAAACACAACUGAGUGACCAGUACUGAUGUUACUAUUUGGCUAGGGCUGGGAGAAAGUGGCAAUAACAAGCAAACUGUUGCAGCUAAAUUCAGAACAACAAUACUAUUUUCAAGGUUGCUGUCUGUGUUAAAACUUGAGAUAAUGUAGAAGAAGGGAACAAAAGUAGUGAUUACAAAACGGG